GGCUAUUGCACUAGUUUUACAUAAGUACUUAGUAAGUUAGUAUACUUUUGUUCGUUCGGGAAUUAACAUGUUUAUAUUAAGUUUUUGUCUACUUAGUAUAAUUUACAUUGUGAAAUGUGACGUCACAGAUGGGGGGAAGGCGCCACGGAUACAACUUAACGACGGUAAUAUGAUGCCAGUUAUGGGACUCGGCACUUUCCUGGGAUUUGAUGAGAAAGGUCAAAAAGAAGUAAGGGAAAAAGAAGUAGAGUUACCUGUAUUGUGGGCCUUGGAAGCUGGUUACAGAAUGCUAGAUACAGCUUCAGCCUACAACAACGAAGAGCAAGUCGGAAAAGCAAUCCAAAGAUCGAAUGUUCCAAGAAAAGAUGUCUUCAUUGUGACUAAGCUAGGUAGCCAUGAACAGCGCGAGGUUCUGUCGUCACUGCGGGCCUCACUUGAUCGUCUGAACACGACUUAUAUAGAUCUCUACUUGAUACAUAACCCUGUUGCUUAUAAGCCCGACAAAAGCGGAUACGACAUUGUAGACUACCUAGACACCUGGAAAGCCAUGGAGCAGGCUAAGAAGAUGGGUCUCGCCAGGUCUAUUGGGAUAUCCAACUUCAACAUUACCAUGAUGGAACGUCUUCUAGCUCAUUGUCAAAUAAAGCCAUCCGUUUUACAAGUUGAGGUGAACGUAAACUUAGCCCAAAAUAAACUAUUGGAGUUUACCAAACGUGAAGGUAUCGAAGUCAUGGCGUAUGCGCCGUUUGGUUCUUUGUUUGUGAAGGACAGCGGCCCGCCACCACCAAGAGUAAAUGAUCCUGGCUUAGUCAAGAUGGCUCAGAAAUACAGGAAGACUGUGCCGCAAAUUGUACUUAGAUAUCUGGUUCAAAGGGGCGUUAUACCAAUACCUAAAUCCGUACGAAAGGAGAAAGUCGUUGAAAACAUCAACAUAUUCGACUUCGAACUAUCGACAGAGGAAAUGGAUAAAAUCAGUAAAUUCAACAAGGACUAUCGCGUCGUGUGGCCAUCAUUCUGGCAGGACCAUCCCUACUAUCCAUUCGAGAAGAAAGACAAACCUGACCCGGACUUAUUCAAGCCAAAACCUUAAACAGUUAUUAUAUUUUGUAUAAAAAAUAACUAUCAACUGCAUAAAAUAUAAACACGUUUAUUACAGAAAUAAAAUAUUUAACUAAA